UAAUAUCCAAGAACUUCUGUUUAUAAAACUUGCAAGAAUGGUGGAACCUACGUGGUUCACGUAUUUUCUAUGAAAAGAUAACUUUAUUUCCAUUAUUAAGCUUACUUUCUCUCUUGCUAGUGUGAACAUUGUUCAGUCAAUAUCGUCAACGUCUUCUCAUUAGAUACACAAAGCCUCUCCGUAAAUCAUUUCUCUCUAUCUCGUAAAAUCUCUGUGAUCUAUAGAUCUUCUCUCCAGCGUAGUAAUGGAUCUUUACCUUCUCCUUGUGAUAGUUGCUACGCUUUUGUGUAGUAGAAUCUUUUCUUUUGUUUAUGCCAAGUUCAGAGUUCAAGAAAACAAAAUAAUUGCUUCUUCUUCUUCAUCUCCACCAUCUCCCAAGUUGUCUUUGCCUAGUAAUCGUGUACACGAUGUCUUCCCUAGCUUCCACGGAAAAGAUGUCCGUAAAUCCUUUCUCAGUCAUUUUCUGAAGGAGUGUGGGAUCAAAGGAAUCAACCUGUUCAUUGAUAACGAGAUCACUAGAGGAGAGUUUAUCGGACCUGAGCUCAAGAAGGCAAUCCAAGGAUCAAGAAUUGCUAUUGUGUUGCUCUCGAAAAGAUACGCCUCUUCAUCAUGGUGUCUUGACGAGUUAGUAGAGAUUAUGAAGUGUAAGGAAGAGUUAGGUCAAACAGUGAUGCCCGUUUUCUAUGAAGUGGAUCCAACUGAUGUCAAGAAACAGGCCGGUGACUUUGGGAAAGUCUUCAAAAAAACUUGUAAAGGUAAAACAAAUGAGGUUACUAGGAAAUGGAGUGAAGCUCUAGCAAAAGUGGCCACCCUCGCUGGUUACCAUUCAAAUAACUGGGAUAAUGAGGCAAAAAUGAUCGAAGAUGUUGCCACUGAUGUUGCAAAGAAGUUGUUUAACUCCACACCGUCAAGAGAUUUCGACGAAUUCAUUGGGAUGGAAGCUCAUAUGAACAAGAUUUCGCGGGUUUUACGCACAUAUUUGGAUGAAGUGAGGAUGAUAGGGAUUUGGGGGCCGGCUGGGAUUGGCAAGACCACCAUUGCUAGGUGUAUGUUCAAUCAACUAUCCCAUACUUUUCAACAUAGUGUCUUUCUGAUGAAUGUCAAAGCAAUGUGUACGCCACCGGUUUGUUCAGACGACUACAACGUGAAGUUGCACUUGCAGCAAAUUUUUCUGUCUCAAUUAACCAACCAGAAAGAAGAUUUCAAGAUUUCUCAUUUAGGAGUUGCACAAGAAAGACUGAAUGACAAGAAAGUUCUUGUUGUUCUUGAUAACGUUGAUCGGUUAGUACAACUAGAAGCCAUGGCCAAAAAAACUGGGUGGUUUGGUAAUGGAAGUCGGAUUAUCAUUACAACGCAAGAUCGAAAGAUUUUGAAGGCACAUGGGAUCACUCAUAUUUACAAGGUUGAUUUUCCAUCAAAUCGUGAGGCUAUUCAGAUGUUUUGUAUGUAUGCUUUUGGUCAAAAGUCCCCUGAAGAUGGUUUUGAGAACCUCGUAUGGGAAGUUACAAGACUCGCCGGUAAACUCCCUUUGGGACUAAGGGUUAUGGGAUCUCAUUUUCGUGGAAUGUCCAAGCAGGAGUGGGAGAAUGAACUACCAGAGCUAUGGAGAUGCCUUGAUGGAGAAAUUGAGAGCAUUUUGAUGUUCGGUUAUAACGCAUUAUCUCAAGAAAAUAAAGAUUUGUUUCUUCAUAUUGCCUGCUUUUUCAACUAUGAGUGGAAAGAGAAAGUGGCAGAGCAUCUUUCAGCGAGAUUUUGUAAUAUGAGGCAACGGCUUAACGUCUUAGCCGAUAAGUCUCUCAUAUCUUUGGAAAGUGAACGUGUGAGUAUGCAUGAUCUGCUAGUCCAGCUGGGUAGAGAUAUUGUCCGCAAACAGUCCAGUGAGCCUGGACAACGCCGGUUUCUGGUCGAUGAAAGAGAGACUUGUGAAGUACUUGCUGAUGAUGCAGCGGGUAGUGGAAAUGUUAUUGGCAUAAUGUUCAGUGGAGGCGAUGUAAAUGUGAGUGAGAGAGCCUUUGAAGGAAUGUCUAAUCUCCAGUUCUUAAGAUUGGAAGUGGAACGUGCUGGUGGAGGAGAUGAAUUUCAUCUAUUUGGUGGAGCAAGCUAUUUAUCCCGUAAACUUAGAUUACUAGAGUGGAAGUAUUUUCCGAUGACAUGUUUGGAUUGUAUUCCCAACCCAGAGCUCCUCGUGGAACUAAUCAUGCAUGACAGCGAACUUGAGAAAAUGUGGGAAGGAACUAAACCGCUUAGCAAUCUCAAGUGGGUGGAUCUGAGGUAUUCAGAAAACUUGAAGGAUGUUUCUAGUCUCUCAACUGCCACUAGUCUAGAGGAGCUAAGUCUCAGUGGAUGUUCAAGUUUAGUGGAGCUUCCCUCUUCUAUUGGGAAUGCCAUUCAUCUCAAAAUGUUGGAUCUCAGUGGAUGUUCAAGUUUGGUAGAGCUUCCCUCUUCUAUUGGGAAUGCCAUUCAUCUCAAAAAAUUGGAUCUUAGUGGAUGUGUAAGUUUGGUAAAGCUUCCUUCCUCUAUUGGGAAUGCCGUUCAUCUCAAAAAGUUGUAUCUCAGUAAAUGUUCAAGUCUGGUAAAGCUUCCUUCCUCUAUUGGGAAUGCCAUAAGAAACUUCGAGGAAUUGGAUUUUAGUGACUGCUCAAGUUUAGUAGGAGUCCCUUCCUCUAUCGGAAACGCCACUAAUCUCAAGCGUUUGGAUUUUAGUAGAUGCUCAAGUCUUGUGGAACUUCCUGCCUCUAUUGGAAACCUCCAUAAACUAGAAACUUUGAUUUUGGAAGAAUGUCGCAAGCUGGAGGCUCUUCCUGUCAACAUCAACUUGAAAUCUCUGACGACACUUGAUCUCACUGAUUGCUCCUUGAUGAAAAGUUUUCCUGAGAUCUCGACAGACAUCGAAUAUAUGUAUCUCGCUGGAACUGCGAUUAAAGAAGUGCCUUCAUCGAUCAGCUUGUGGCCUCGUCUUCAUGUCUUGCAUAUGUCAUACAACGAGAACCUCAAGGAGUUCCCUCAUGUUCUUGACAUCAUGACAGAUUUGGUCAUGAGCAACACAGAAAUACAAGAGAUUUCUCCUUGGAUCAAGAGAAGCUCUCGUCUUUUUGGUCUUGUAGUCAACGGAUGCAAAGAGCUUUUGUCACUCCCACAGCUUCCAAGUUCAUUAUCAGACCUACACGCAGAAGAUUGUGAGUCUCUGGAGAAGCUAGACUGCUCCUUUCUUAAUCAAAAGAUUGAUCUCAACUUCGCCAACUGCUUCAAACUGAAUAAAGAAGCGAUAGAUGUCAUCAUCAAGUCAUCGACUUAUUAUGUUACGAUAUUACCCGGCAAAGAAAUGCCUAACUACUUCAAUUAUCAAGCUAAUGGAGGUUCACUAGUAAUGAAGUUGAACGAGAGGCCUUCACCUUCAUCAAUGAGAUGGAAGGCUUGCAUCUUACUUGUUAGUAAAGAUGAGGAUGAAGCUGGUAUAGGAGAAAUGGUGAAUGUACAUCAUGGGAUCAAACAGAAUAGCCUCGAUGUCUCGUGCAUUCCAAGAAACCACACUCUGUAUCGCCCUUUAACCGAACAUCUGUACAUCUUUGAAUUCGAAGCAGACGUGACUUCAGACGAACUUUGCUUUGAGUUCAGGGUAGUCAACAAAGAAGAAUGGAUGAUAAAAGAAUGUGGAAUGCAUUACGUUAAUACCAGUUGAUGGGUUGAUUACAUGUAGUGUUGUGUUUUUUUUUUGUGUAUGAUUAUCAAUCAUCCUGUUGUGGUGGGUUAUGAGCAGUUUCUUAAUACCCUAUGAAUAAACGUGGAACCAAUUCUCUCA